GUAUACAUUUAGCAAAAUCCGCGACGUGAAGUCGACGGUAGGGUACACGGUGAUUCCGUACACCAUCGCCCUAUUUGCAUCGGCCAUCUGGCUCUAUUACGCUGCCAUUAGAUCAUACGCAGUCAUGCUAGUUAUCAUUAACAGCACUGGCUACGUUAUCGAGAUGGCGUACGUCGUCAUAUUUUUCUACUACUGGGUUAGAGCUGUUAGGACACGCAGUGUGCAGGGUAUACCCCUAACAGCUUAUGCUGUCAUUUGGGACAUCUAUGGCUUUGCCAAAGGAGAUGUCAAUAUCAAGAUUCCGAACAUUAUCCGAUUAGUUUUAGGUAUAGGCCAGAUUGUAGUGUACGUGAUCUUCCGUACACCACAGACUAGCGAGACUACUAGAGAGUCUCAGACUGCGGAGACUAUUUGA